UCAGUCGUCUUCCAAUCCUCAACACCCCCGCGGAAGAGGAGGAAUGGCUCUCUCGAAACCCCUCUUCCUCUCCCACCACCUCAAAUCCCUCAAACCGUAUUACCCCCGCCCUUCCUUCCCCUUCGCCUCCCACCUCCGCCUCUUCUCCUUCGCCACCCCGGAGGAGGCAGCCGCCGAGCGCCGCCGCCGCAAGCGCCGCCUACGCAUCGAGCCACCCCUCUCCUCCCUCCGCCAGCAGCAGAAGCCACCCUCCUCGUCCGCCCCUCCUCGGUCCCCAAGGACGGCCCCCAACCCUAACGCCCCGAAGCUUCCGGAGCCCAUCUCCGCCCUCGCCGGCAGCCGCCUCAACCUCCACAACCGCAUCCUCACCCUCAUCCGCGAGAACGAUCUCGACGAGGCCGCACUCCUCGUCCGCCAUUCCAUCUACUCCAACUGCCGGCCCACCAUCUUCACCGCCAACGCUGUUCUCCACGCCCUCCUCCGCCAGUCCCGCUACGCCGACCUGCUUUCCCUUCACCGCUUCAUCACCCAGGCAAACGUUUCCCCCACCGUCAUCACCGUCAACCUGCUUCUGCAGGCCUACUGCGACUGCCGCAAGACCGACAUCGCCCUCGAGCACUUCCGCCUACUCCUUAAAGACGACGCGCCUUUCCCUCCCUCUCCCACCACCUACCGCAUCCUUGCCAAAGGACUGGUCGACAAUGGCAAGCUCGACCAAGCCCUCGAACUAAAGGACGACAUGCUGGCCAAGGCCUUCGUGCCACCCGACCCCAUCGUCUACAACUACCUCAUGCAGGGCUUUGUUAAAAAAGGCGACCCCGACAAGGUCGUCUCUCUCUAUGAGGAGCUGCUGGAAAAGGUUGGCGGCGGAAAGAUCCUUGACGGCAUCGUGUAUGGGAACCUCAUGAAGGGCUAUUUCGGAAAGGGAAUGGAGAAAGGAGCCAUGGAGAUAUGCCGCGAUGUCCUAGGUGAAGGCUCCAAGGUCAGAUUUGGUGCAGUGAGCUAUAACCUGGUGCUGGACGCGUUGGGAAGGAAUGGAAAGUUCGAGGAGGCCAUUGACCUGUUUGAUCGGAUGCUAAAAGAGCACGACCCUCCGAGGAGGAUCACGGUGAAUUUGGGAACCUUUAAUGUGAUGGUGGAUGCCUACUGUCUUGCUGGGAGGUUCCCAGAUGCAAUCACUGUCUUUAGGAAGAUGGGCGAGCAGAAGUGCAUCCCUGACACAUUGUCUUAUAACAGUUUGAUUGAACAUCUUGGGAGCAACAAGUUGGUUCCAGAGGCGGAGGAAUUAUACAAAGAGAUGGGUGAGCGUGGGAUCAAUCCAGAUGAAUACACGUAUGUCUUGCUAGUGGAAUCAUGUUUUGGAGUGGAUAGGGUGGAUGAUGCAACAGGGUAUUUUCAGAAGAUGGUGGAGUUGGGGCUGAGGCCAAAUGCAACUGCAUAUAAUAAAGUCAUUGGUGGACUGGUGAAUGUAGUACGGCUCGAUGAAGCAAAGAAGUUCUUCGACCAGAUGUUGGAGAAGGAGGUGAAACCAAAUGUUAUGAGUUAUGAGCUGCUUCUGAAAGGUUUCAUUGACUCUGGCCGGUUGGAUGAUGGACUUAAAACACUAAAGGAUCUGCUGUUAGAUGAUGGAGUGACAUUGAGCCAAGAAAUAAAGGAGCUUAUGGAGGAGGCAUUGAGGAAGGAAGGGAGAGAGGAGGAGAUGGGAAAACUGUAUGAGGAUGUUGAGAGGGAGAAGGCUGAACGAUUGGCCCGGGAAGCGGAAGAGAAAGCAAGAGCCGAGGCUCUUGCUAAGGAAGAAGAGGAGAAGAAGAAGAGGGAAGCUGCUGAGAAGGAAGCAGCUGCUGCAAGGGCUAGUGCUGCAGCUAUUGAGGCAAUUUUGGGACGGAAGAAGGAUGCUGCCAACGAGGAGUCUACUGCUGUCGGUUCCAGUGCUCCUGUUAGUGGGAUACUUGGUGAAGAGAAGAAUGGUAGUGAGUCAUCUGUACAAUCUGAAACUGCUGAUUCAGCAGCUAAUUGCGAGGUUCUUCCAGAAGAAAUAAAUGAUGGUUUGGACGAUGAAGCAAAGAAAGGAUCUGGAGAUGCUGAUCAACAGGUAUCUGCCUCAGGAAAUUGAGCUUGUCUCAAGAACAAAUCGUUGGAGGGGCUUGAUAAGAUAAUCUUCUAUUCCAUGUCAUUGUUGUCUGUUACUGUAGUUCUGAAGUUCCAUUUGCAACAUAUCAUAACUUGUCAUGAUAGGAGUAUAAUGCAUCUAAUUGUUAAAGGUUGUUCACAGUGUUGAUCUUACAAACUAUAAGUUCUGGUUCUAUUUUUACUGGAAUGUCAUAACAUCAAAAAACUCAUGUUUUGAAUUAAGAUGAUUACACUCAA